UGCCUUGGUGUACAAGCUAAUUGUGAUUUGGAAGUUUAAGAAAUCAUCCAUUGUUUACUGUUCUUGUUCCUGUUGAUACUUCAUGUCAUUGGUAUAUUUUGUUUUAUUUCCUGACCCAUUAUAACAUGCAUCAGGAAGUAUUUCUUUAUUGGACCAUUUCUUCUAUUGAAAUCACACGUCUGCUUUCAAGAGCUGGUGUUAAAAACAGAAGCACAGCUGUGCCAAAAACAUUUUCUAGAUGGCAUAAUGAAUGAAACUUGGUGUGCACCAAUCUUUUUUCUUUAUAGAAUUAAAUUCUAAACAGAAUUGAGGAAUGAAUAGUCUGGUUUAUUAACAUUUGUUUGAUAUCUGUCUAGCAAUGCAGGGUGUGUAGUGAAAAUGGAAAAUCCUGUGGGUCUGCAGGGUUAACUGAUGGUCCAGGUGUCAUGGAUGCUGAUUUUUUGCUUUAUGUGAGUGCACUGACUACAGAACGUUGUGGACAAGAGGAUAUUGUAGCCUAUGCAGCGUACUGUCAACUGGAAGCAGAAUUGGACAGGCCUAUUGCAGGAUAUGCAAACCUAUGUCCAAGUAUGAUUCCCACUGAGCCACAAGAGUUCAAAGGCAUGUUGUCAACUGUAAAACAUGAAAUUGUCCAUGCUUUGGGCUUCUCUGCAGGACUUUUUGCUUUCUACCGUAAUGAUGAGGGAAAACCUCUAACUGCAAGAAAGGCAAAUGGUCUUCCAUCUUUUAAUGAAUCGCUUGGAUUGUAUCAGUGGAGUGACAAAGUUGCACGCAAGGCAUCAAGAUUAUGGGAUAUAAGGGGAAACAAAAAAAUCAAUCGUGAGGUCCUUCUCCUUGUGACUCCACGAGUAGUUAAGGAAGCCCAGAACCACUUUAACUGUCCAAUUCUUGAAGGAAUGGAACUUGAGAAUCAAGGUGGAAUGGGUACUGAACUGAAUCACUGGGAAAAGCGGUUGCUGGAGAAUGAAGCAAUGACCGGCUCUCACACACAGAAUAGAGUAUUCUCCAGGUUAACCUUGGCAGCUUUAGAAGACACAGGAUGGUACAAAGCCAACUAUAGUAUGGCAGAGAGACUAGAAUGGGGUGAAGGUAUGGGCUGUGACUUUGUAAUGAAAAGCUGCAAGUACUGGAUUGACCGACAACGGAAGAUGAAUAAAAAUGUAACUCCAUAUUGUGACACACUAAGGACAUCGCCAUUACAGUUAACAUGUCGACAGGAUCAAAAGGCUGUAGCAGUCUGUAAUUUAGAAAAGUACCCAGCACAUCUACCAUCAGAGUAUCAGUAUUUUGACUACCUUGAUGGUGUACCAGAGGGAGAGCUGCAAUACUACGGUGGAUCAGUGGAAAUAGCGGACUACUGUCCUUUUAGUCAGGAGUUCAGUUGGUAUAUUAGUGGCGAAUUCCAGCGUGGCUCUGAUUGCAGAAUCUCUCAAAAUCAGCCAGAGCCUUCUCGAAACUAUGGUGCUGAAGAGUAUGGACCAACCUCUGUCUGCCUUGCUCAGAAAUCUCGUUUUAUUAUGAAGCAGUGCAACAAGAGUCCAAGUUCUCCAGACUGGGGCAGUGGAUGUUAUAGGGUUUCCUGCACAAUUAAAGGACUAAUCGUUUGGGUUUCUGAUAAGUUCUAUUUAUGCAGCCGAACAGGGCAAGUACUAUCUAUUAAUGUUAAGAUGAGUGACUGGGUCUACACAGGAAGCCUGGUAUGUCCAUCCUGUUUUGACUUCUGCAAUACAUGUCCACCAGAGAGUGAUCCACCAUUAAGCAAUUUCACGAGGACAAUUCCAAUUGAUCCAUGCUCCAGGUCAUCAGGACUGGUGGUUACUCUUUGGUUCUUCAUAACCAACUUCCUGCCACUGGUAGUAGGCUUCUUCCUCUGUGUGUGGAAUUAACUCCAUUAAAGGCUGUACUAAGGUUGUACAGUUUGAACACUGCCACAGCUAAGCAUUAUUCUGCAAAAGGAUAUACUAGGUGCUUUUAUCAAAAAGACUGAAUUCAGUCUUUGCGAUAGGUAUAAGGAUUGAUUGUGACUUUUAAUCUCAGUUGAUUAAACACUCCAAGAAACUAUGGCUGUGUCAAAUGACAAGGGUGCUACUACUGUACUUUGUGUAUCGAACAAUACUGAACUACCUCGAAAAUGCUUCAUAGGAAAAUGAGCUAAAUGCAGUCUCUCCCUUGAUUACUUGUAUAUGCACAUUUGAAUGUCUUAUGUAAAUGGUACUGACUUGCACAGAUUGUCAAAUAGGAUUCAGGAACAUGUCAAUCUGUCACUAUUUGCACUUAUGUUGCUUAUUUUGCAGUUAGUGCCUCAGUUUUAUAAAAAAAACAAUCCUGCACAAUUGUUAGUGAUUAGUAGAACUUCUGUAAUAAUGAUUAUGUGAGCAUCAGAUAUUUGUUUUAAUUAUACCUUGGAUGUCGUGUACAGCAAUAAGUAAUUAAGCACAUUGUUGUCCAUUUUGUAAUCCUUUCCUGUUUUCCUAGUCCUGUAUAGUCUGUAAUCAGAUGUUAAGAUGCCAACAAUUCAGGGGACCACAGAAGCUGGGUUUGUAACUUUACUUAAAAAAAAAUAGAAAUCAAUAAGGGAUUAAAAUCCAAUAUUGAAGACAAGUGGAUAGCAGUUCCACUUUGUCCUCUAUGCUGUCCUAAUGGCUCAAUGGAUUUUAAAAAUCGAAGCACUGAAUAGGUCCCAAGUUGAACCAGGCUGAGUUGUAACACUCCCCAAGAUUGAAUUAAUUUUAAUGCUUACAGGAAGAUCUGUGAAUAGAGUAUGGUCACUUGAGUGAUAUUUAAGGGUGCCUAGCCCCUUUGACCCAAUAGGAAAUUGGCACUUUUAAAGCAGGAGAAAAAGCUGAUGAAAAGCUUUUAUUUUUGUCAACUUUUAAAAAGUUUAUUUAAAGUGAAAUUAAACAAUAUAGUUUAUUUCUACAAUAGAUCUAUCUACAAUAGUGAUCAUUUAAUGAUAUAAUUUAAUCAUAAUAUUACCAGAAUUAUACCAAUCAAAAAACUGCCCUGAGUAAGUAAAAUGAGUUUCCUACAGGAUAUCUCCUCAUAUAUUUGUAAUGAAGAGUUGAAUACUAAAGAAUAAUGGUGCAAUAUAUGUUUUGUAAACAUUUAUUAGUGUUAGUCAGUUAUGGUUUCUUUUGCUUAAUAAGCAAAACAUUAUUAGUGGGGUACAGUGGAGUGAAUCAAAAGCUGUUCUAUUAGAGCACAGAUAGGUCAGUUUAGCUAGAUGAAUUCCUGUACAACAAAAAUUACUGCUGUUAAAAGGACCGAUUUCACAUCGGAUCACAGCCCUACAUUAUGCCAUGUCAUAUAUUUCACAAGAUAGCAACUUAGACCAAAUAAUCUUAUUUGACACUAUCAGUAAAAAGUGAUCAUGGCAUCCUGUUCCUAGCUACUUUUUGCGAAUCUGUUAGUUUAGUUUUAGGAAGACAGUAUGCUGUUGAACAUAUUAAAACAUAAAUGUUAUGCUGUUUAACAGUUAGUUUAACCAUAUUAGUGAGGCUUUUCAUUUAGAAUAUAUUUUAUUGAGUGAAUACUUUGAAAUCAGUCAGCUUAUCUCAGGUGAUGAACUGUGAAUAUCUGAAGUCAUACCUAUUUCAGUAUUUAUUAGUAUACUGGAUAAAAGAUUUUUCUUCUUCAUAUUAAACUGUGAACUUGCCAGAUAUUUUUCUAGACAUGAAUCGGACGAAGGUAAAACUAAGUGCAAUAUAUUGAGUUUGUUUUUUUUCUCCUAGUUUGUUUCCCAAUAAUUGUAUGCUAGGAAGUUCAUUGUAUAAACACAAGUGGCUAGCACCUGUUGCACUUGGUUUGUAAAAUGUUCAUAUGUAUUUUUAUGUUUAUAAAAAUUGAAGGAAUGUUGUAAUUUAACAUGUAUAAUUUGGUCUAGAAGAAGUAAAGUCACUUUCAUUGCUCAAUGUUUGCAUUCUAAAUAUUGAUGCUACUAAGAGUAGGCUGUUUUUGAAAGCAUUAUAAAAUGCAGUACUAAUUAUUACUCUUACAAUAACCAUUACACCUGAUUAGACACUUUACUAUUUGUUAAGUUUUCAUGGGAAUGUGGAAUAAAACAUGAACCAAAUCAAUGUCUUGGUGUGAUAUAGGUGCGAGCAGUAAUUGUGUUUUCUUCUUUUUUGAAGACCAUAAAUGAAACAUGCAGCAUAUUGAUCAUUAUAAUUGUAAGAUUAUAAUUUAUUGAUAAUUUCAAUGUUUCAUUUAAAAUUACACUAUUUGACUGUUAUUAAAUUAGUCAGAUUUGCA